CAUUUUGACACUUCAACGAAGUUCAUUUUUUGUCGUCGAAGUAAAAAGCAUUUUUAAGGGAAAAAUGACUGCCGUUUUCAGAGUAGGCCUAAUCCGCCUUUGCUCACGCAAUGCCCCCGCUGUACCAGCUGCCAUGGCCCAGCAGCGCUUUAUUUCGGGCAAGACUAUGCGCGGCGGUCCCCGUGUUGUCACCCACAAACCCUUUCCCUACAAAGAGAAGGAGUAUGGCGUUUUCCAGUCCAUGGUAGACAAGACGACAAAACGCUUAAAUGAGAAUUCCAAAAUCAUUUGUGUUGAGGGACCUAUUGCUGCCGGCAAGAGUAAAUUUGCCAAAGAAUUGGCCGAAGAAUUGGAAAUGUUGUAUGUACCCGAGGCCAAUAUGGAUAUGUUCUAUAUCAAUUCCUAUGGUUAUGAUUUACGCAAAUUGGAUCCUCAAUUACCGGAAAAUUGCCGCUCCUAUGAUGUGGUGAAUUUCUGCAAAGAUCCCAAUCAUUCUUUGGCUGCCGCCUUCCAAAUACGCAUGUAUAUGUUGCGUUAUGAACAAUACAUUGAUUCGUUGGCUCAUUUGUUGUCCACCGGCCAGGGUGUUGUGAUGGAUCGCAGUUGUUUCUCGGACUUUGUGUUCUUGGAGUCCAUGUUCAGACAGGGUUAUAUAUCCAAGGGUGCCCGUUCGGUGUAUCAUGAGUUGAGACAAAAUACCAUCAACGAAUUGUUGAGACCACAUUUGGUCAUCUAUUUGGAUUUGCCCGUUGAGGCUGUGAAGCAACGCAUUAAGGCCCGCAACAUUGACUACGAAGUCAACUCCAAAGUCUUUAAUGAUGCCUAUUUGCGCGAUAUGGAAAAUAUCUACAAGCAGCAAUACUUGAAGGACAUUGCCACUCAUGCUGAGCUCUUGAUCUACGAUUGGACCGCUGGCGGUGAGACCGAAGUCGUUGUUGAAGAUAUCGAACGUAUUGAUUUCGAACGUUUCGACGAAGAUCCCUUGGAAAAGAAAAUGAAAGAUUGGCGUUUGCCCAACGAGGGUGAAUGGUGCGAGGCACGCAUCAAAUACUGCAGCGACAAGCCCGAUUUAAUGAACUACUUCAAUGUGCCACGUUACGAUGUACCCGAAUUGUUGCGUGAUGCUGACAGCAGCAAGCAAUGGCGUGAUGUGUGGUUUAAUGCCCCCGGCAUGAAAUAUCGCCCUGGCUACAAUGAGGAUAUGGGUGACAGUGGCUUGCUUACCAAAACUAAAACUAAUUACCUUAAUAAUGCCGUUUAAACAAUUCUAUUUAAUUUGAAGUAAUUUGUAUUUUAGUUAAAGGAAAUUUUGAAAGCCAUGAAGAUGGCUAAAGUCUAAAUAAAUCUGUGUUAAACAUUCUAUGAAGUAGCAGUAAUAAUUAUGGAAGAAAUUGAACAAAAAAAGUCAGCAAACUGUAAAACAUGAAAAAACGAGAGAGUUUUAAUAAAGAAAUCUAAAUAAUUUUAAAGGAAUUUAACAUUGGAAAA